AUGCCCAGCAAAUCCCCAGUUGUUGAUAUUGACACCCCAUCUGGUAAACAUGCAGCUACGUCGGUAAAAGCCUCGCACACAAUUUUUGUUGAAGGUUAUGUCUGUUCAUAUACUAUUUAGUCUACUAUUCAGACAUGCCAUGGUAAGGUCAUCUGCUUGCGACCUGUUCUACAAGCGACAUUUUCUGGGUGAAAAGCCAAGUUUUUAUCUUCAAGCAUGUAUCAAAGAACAAAGUUUUCACAUUCUUUUUCGAAGCUGAGGUUUCAUAAAGCCCCCAAAAUAUGGAGAAGGUCCUCCCACAUUAGCCCUAUCAAUUUCUGGAAGGCACCAUCUUCCUCUGAAGACCACUUCUGGUCCGCUUACGAAGCCACACGACCCAAUUACGCCUCAUCCAACUUUCUAGAAACAAUAUAUGGUUAUCACGAUAAAAAAGAUGCAUCAUUUUCAAUUGCACACGAUGUCGGAUGCGGUUCCGGUGUUGGCGCCUUUGCACUAGCACAGCGCUUUUCCCAUGUUGUUGCAAGUGACAACAACACCUCGUCACUCCAUUCUGCCCAACGCUUCUUAUCUUCAAAAUAUCCUCCUGAAAGAAUCUCAUUCAAUCAUUGCAAAGGGGAAGACAUUGCUUCCUAUCACGAAAAGAAUAGUGCAGAUCUUAUCGCAGCGCCUGAAAGCAUAGUUCUGAUGGACUCUCGAGCUGCACUCUCCUCGUUCGCUAAAGUUUUGAAGCCCGGUGGCACAUUGGCAAUCUGGAUGUACGGUCGUCCUCACUUCUCAGAGGUUGCGUAUAAAGAAAGGUGCCAGGAUAUUUUUGACCGGAUUGCCGAUUUAUCCUUUCGAAAAGUAUUAAGGAAUUUAAAUGCGGAGACGGAAGCAAGUUGGAAGAAGACGGCCAGCGAAAUGGCGAGCUUUCUCGAUUAUCUUGAUUUUGGUAAACCAAGUGAGAACUGGCAGAAUGUGAAGAGAAUGAAAUGGAACUCUCGCAGUGCUCAGUUGGGUUUCUUUGGUCCUGGUGCAUGUGAUUUCGAGUUUGAGCCCGUGAGUAACGUUAGGCAAGGGGAGGCAUUGUUCGAGAUAGAGGAUGGGGAAAUGUGGGGGAGAAAUUGGAAUAUUUCCGGGGUAAGAGAGUAUAUUGACUACAGCUUUCCGGGUAUUAAGGAUUUGGUGCACGGGGAUUUAAAGAUAGACGAGCUCUUGGGAGAGUUGGGUGAGGCUAUGGGUGGAAAGAAUGCAUCAAGGUCUUAUACUUGGCCGGUUGCACUUGUACUAGCAUCUAAAGCUUAG